AUGUCCGGCUCCGACCCUACCGAGGCCAGUUUCGAGGCCCUCUCCCACCGCCUCGACGAGAACUCGCGCGCAAAGAACGGCAAGGACGACGACGGUUUCGUCUUUGAGGAGAAGCGCGCGCCGUCCCAGACCACCGGCGACGAUGAGGAGUACCCCGACGCGCCCACCGAGGAGGAGAAGAUGACCCUGAGGCGUGUCGCUGGCCCCAUCAACAUCGCGUCCUUCCUCAUCGGCUUCAUCGAGCUCGCCGAGCGCUUCUCCUACUACGGUUCGACCCAGGUCUUCACCAACUUUAUCCAGCAGCCUCUCCCCGAGGGUUCGACCACUGGCUCGUCGCACGCUGGCCAGACGUCCGGCGCUCUCGGCAUGGGCCAGCAGGCGUCGACCGGUCUGACGACGUUCAACCAGUUCUGGGUCUACACGAUGCCCCUCUUCGGUGCCUACAUCGCCGACACCUACCUCGGCCGCUUCAACACCAUCGCCUGGGCCAUCCUCAUCUGCUUGAUCGGCCACGUCCUCCUCGUCGUCUCCGCCCUCCCCUCCGUCAUUGCCCACCCCAACUCUGCCAUCGGCGUCUUCGCCGUUGCCAUCAUCAUUAUGGGCGUCGGAACUGGCUUCUUCAAGUCCAACAUCUCGCCCCUCAUCGCUGAGCAGGUCGCUUCGCACCGCCUCUACGUCAAGACGCUCAAGAGCGGCGAGCGCGUCCUUGUCGACCCGGCAGCGACCACUGCGCGCAUGUACAACUGGUUCUACCUCCUUAUCAACGUCGGUGCCCUCGCUGGACAGCUCGGCAUGGUCUACGCCGAGAAGCGCGUCGGCUUCUGGCUCGCCUUCACCCUCCCGACCGUCGUCUUCGCCCUGACCCCGAUCGUCCUCUUCCUCGGCAAGAACAAGUACAACCGCACCCCUCCCGCCGGCUCGUCGCUCGGCAAGGCCUUCCGCAUCCUCAACAUCAACUUUAAGCGCGCCGGAUUCUCCCCCAAGGCGUGGAAGCGCUCCGACUUCUGGGAGGCCGCCCUCCCCUCGCAGUUCGCGACCGCCGAGAAGCCCGCGUGGAUGACUUGGGACGACACGUUCGUUUGGGAGGUUCGCCGUGGAUUCAAGGCGUGCCAGGUCUUCCUCUGGCUCCCGCUCUACUGGCUCUGCUACAACCAGAUCAACAACAACCUCACCUCGCAAGCCGCCGUCCUCAACACCCACGGUCUCCCGAACGACGUCCUUGCCAACCUCGACCCGUUCGCGCUCAUCAUCCUCAUCCCCAUCUUCGACCUCGGCGUCUACCCCGCCCUCCGCCGCGCCGGCAUCAACUUCUCGCCCGUCAAGAAGAUGUUUGCCGGAUUCAUCUUUGCCUCGCUCUCGAUGGUUUGCGCCACCGCCGUCCAGGCUCACAUCUACGCUACCUCGGCUUGCGGCACGCACGCUGCGACUUGCGACGCCAUGCCGUUCAUCCCGACCAACGUCUGGAUCCAGACCCCCUCCUACGUCCUCCUCGCCCUCUCCGAGAUCUUCGCCUCGAUCACCUCGCUUGAGUACGCCUACACCAAGGCGCCCAAGUCGAUGCGCUCGAUGGUCAUGGCCGUCGGCCUCUUCAUGACCGCCAUCUCUGCCGCCCUCGGCGAGGCCUUCCUCGCACUCUCGGCCGACCCGCUAUUGACCGUCAACUACGCCGUUUUUGCCGGCCUGUCAUUCGUAGGCGGCGUUGUCUUCUUCAUCGUCUUCCGCCCUCUCGACCGCGAGGAGUCCCACCUCAAUGAGCUGGCCGCUGGCGCCGCAGAUGCGACUCGAGCACGCCUUCAACACGAGAAGGGGGCGUGA